AUUCUAGAGUCGAUAUAAUUCAAGAUGGCGAUAGGUGGCGUGUGAUUGUUAAUGAUAGAACUUGUUUCGUAAAGUAAUAUUAUAAAAUGGGGAAAGGCUUCAAUAAUUAUAUGUGCAAGAAAUUUUUUCAUCCUGCGUCUAGAGACAAUUUGAAAAGGGUCUGGAUAGCAGAGCAGAAGGCAGAGUCUUAUAAAAAGAAGCAAGAAGAAUUGAGAGUUCAAUAUGAAAAGGAACAAGAUUUGUACACAAAUAAGGCAAUACUGAGUAAAGAAAGUAAGGAUAAGCUGAGUGUAAAUUUCAUGUAUGAGCCACCACCUGGUACGAAGAAGGAACGAGAAAGAGAAGAUGAUGAACCAGAAUAUAAAUUUGAAUGGCAGCGAAAAUUUAAUGCACCAAGAGAGGAUUACUGCAAAGGUGAUUCAGAAAUCAGGGAUCAACCAUUUGGCAUCCAAGUUCGCAAUGUGCGGUGCAUCAAGUGUCACAAAUGGGGUCACAUUAAUACAGGUAAGGAGGCAGGCUUAGUGUUUAGGCACUCUGUGAUGUCGGAAUAUGUGUUUCUUAUGAGAGAUUAGCUAAUUAUUGGCAUU